CUUGCAUUCAGUAAAUACGAGUCUCCGCGUAACUCUUUCUUCUCGGCUGCAACUACACUCUCCUCUUCAAGUGAACUUACUGUCCAAACUUGAAUAGUGCAGCGUUGUGGUGGAAUUUAUCGUCCACGUUGAGAAAGUGCAGUGAAAGGAUAUGCUGUACUUGUUCGAUAUUCGAUUCUGAGAAGUCGAUCGAGCUGGGCCCGUUUAUCGUCUAAUUCGAGCGCGCGUAAUUUAUGUACAACCGCAAACUGUUUUUUGUGGAGACGAAGAGGCAUGCAUCUGUUGGAGAUACAGGAUAAAUUAGAGAACGAAAGGAUCCUUAACUGGGAAACAGUGAAUUGUAUAUUGUUGAUAAAAGUGUUUCUGGUCUACUUUGGGGAUUUCUGGUUGAUGACACUCUUUCUGAGUAUUUGGCAAGCAUACUCGUGGGAAGAAUUUAUUCACUUAGGACACUGAGUGUCUUGCAAUUUAUUUAAUGAUAACAGGUAGCAAAUCUUCGUGAUUUAUUCACCGACGACUAAGCAUUAAAAAAAAAUAUUAGCAAUGAGCAUCGUAAAUGGAAUGAGCGGUUCCAACGGGCAUGCAGAGGAGCAUUUGGAAACCAAGAUGGAAGAGCCUGAUGCGACAGAGGAGAAGAGACGAGAGAGGAAAGGCGUCAUGUGCCAGAUAAUUAUAUCUCUGUGCGCGCAGUCCUCGGUUUUGGGACCAUCAAUGGCUUUCGGAUAUAGCGCAGUUGCACUGGGACCGUUAAUGGCACCCACCAGUGACGUGAAAAUCAACGAGGUCCAGGCAAACUGGAUAGCCACCGCAACGGCGCUAGGGAUUCCGCUCGGUUGUAUAAUCUCCAGUUACACCAUGAGACGUGGGAGGCGGCUGAGUCUAUUAAUUACGUCCAUCGUGUCCAUCGUCGGCUGGAUCGUUAUAUAUCUCGCUGAAAGCUACGUACAAAUUCUUGUGGGUAGAAUUAUUACCGGAAUCGCGACGGGUACAGCAUCGGUUCCGGCCACGGUUUACAGCGCCGAAAUCGCGUCACCCAAGUGGCGAUCGACGAUGGUGACUUGGACCAGCGUAGCCAUCGCUACCGGUGUCUUGAUCGUUUACGUCUUUGGCUAUGCGUUCAAGGACAACUGGCGACUGGUGGCUCUGAUGUGCUCCCUAUUCCCAGUAGCCUCAGCUGUGCUGACCUUCGCUGUCGUCCCAGAAACCCCGAUCUGGUUGCGAGACAGGCAUCGUCCGGAUGAGGCGUUACAGGUGUUAAAAAUGUUUCGCGGUAUUCCGAAAAGUGCGCCGCCCCCGCCCGAGCUUUACCAAGAGCUGAUGCCGCGGCCUCUCCGAAAGAAGCAGAAACUGUUGAAACACCUGUUGAAGAGGAACGCGAUGGUCCCAUUCGCGAUCAUGCUCAGCUACUUCUUCUUCCAACAGUUCUCAGGCAUCUUCGUGGUGGUCUACUACGCCGUAGACAUUAUACAGAGCGCUGGGAUCACUAUAGAUCCGUACUUGGGAGCGGUUUUGAUAGGAUUCACCAGACUCGUAGGGAGUUUAUUCGUCGCGGCCGUGUCGGGAAAAUUUGGAAGACGGAAACCGUCGAUCGUUUCCGGGUCCGGUAUGACGAUCUGCAUGGGGAUACUCUCCAUCUAUUUACUGAUGAAGGACAAAGGGUACUCUAUAAACGACGGCGGCCUGAUUCCCGUCGUAUGCGUCCUGAUGUACAUUUUUGCCAGUACGAUGGGCUUCCUGGUGAUCCCGUUUGCCAUGGUAGGCGAAGUCUAUCCCAUGAAAGUGAAAGAAGUGCUCACGGGACUGACGACGUGUAUCAGUUACGUGUUCAGCUCGAUCACUGUUAAAACUUAUCCGGAUAUGGAAAGUAUCAUGGGCAGACACGGGGUUUUCAUUUUUUUCACGGUGAUGUCGUUGCUGGGAACGUUGUUCGUUAUGCUUCUUCUGCCUGAAACUAAAGGGAAGACGUUAAGAGAGAUCGAGGACAUGUUUUCGAGGAAGAAGGAAACCGUGGACUCGCAAGAGAAGGAGAGGAUGAUGGAUCUCAAGGAUGUCUCCGCAGGAGUGUAAUUUAUCGAACGAUGUACGAGAGUUACUUAAACAUUCCCAUUUCUCAAUCACUGCAUUAUUAUUGCCAUUUGUGUUCAUUCACUUUUAAUACAGGGUAAAUGCAAUGCAAUAUUUUUAUACAAUAAAUGCAAAAAGUGUUCAUUGAGAAAGACUAAUAUUAAUAAUAUUACCAUCAGUUUAUACCACAGACUUGGAACGUGCUUGAGACAAUGAGUAAUAAAUGUGAAAAUCUUA